UAUGUGCUUCCUGGGUACUGGAAUAAGUGUUAAGACUCCACUCCAAUGACACUCUCUGGGAUGGUGAAGACUGUCACUCCACCAGUACAUGUUGCUCUUUCCACAAUCCUUCAUAUUUCACCAAAACCCUCAACCAGACAACUAACGAUGACCUUGAACUGAAAAUGUGUAUCUAUGACAGCAUACAAUAUGACAACAUAGCAGGUUGAGUUGUAUGUAAAGUAGCUGUGUACUAUAUUUUUAGUACUGAUUGUAGAAAAAGGCUCUCAAUAUUAUUCACGUUUUUUUUACACAAUGUGACGUCAUGUCCACAAAACGCGUAGUUGCUGUACCUACUGCGCAUGCGCCGAUGUGUGGUUGCCAUGGAAACUACUCGCGCGCCAAACAGCGGGAAUGCGGACAGACUGGAUAGAGCGAUGUUAGAAAGACUUCCAAGGCGAAGCGGAGAUCCAAAGCAACAGAAAUAGUGGGUUCGCUACACUUUAUUCCUCCCUCUCUUCGCAGUAAAUCGUCUUCCUUAUCUCCACGGAGCUACUGACAGACAAGACUACGCAGUAGCUACGUUUUCUAAAUAACGCGCAACACGUAGCUUCAGACUGCUCGGGAAUGGCUCAGCAGCUGAAGAUUCCCUGGCAGUACGCGGGCUACGGUGUACCUCAGCAGCGUAUCUACCACCGCCGCUCGGAGCCGAACGGCGCAGCGAGGUGCAAGAAAAAUCCGGAGCCCCACCUAAACCGCCGUCUCCUAGCUCGCCCUCCCUGCGCGGCUCACGCUACUAGCGGGAAGCGACCUAGGCCUCCUACCACUGCGACGGACAGUAAGUCAAAGGAAGAGUCGUCACAGAGAAAGACGGGUAGCCAGGGGCUGUCUAGUACGCCUCACGCCCAGAGGAUCUAGGAAGAAGCGGUCUGUUCUGGAGCUCCUGCCUGGCCGAGUAGGAAGGUCGUCCUCCAGUCUCCUGCUGCCGUCUACAGAUCAACUGCUGUAGAAAUACUCCUACAUUGACUCAGGGAAGUUAAAGACAGUACCACUGAAGGAGAGCAAUGUGGAGAGGAAGAGGGAGGGAGAGAAAGGAGGAGGGAGAGAGAAAGAGGGAAAGGAACAAAGGAGGAGAUAAGGAACCGGUACUCACCAAGAACAGGCCUGGCAGGAGGGUCACAAGAAAACAGGCGAUAAACAGGCCCUGUUCUACAGCGUCAUCUCCUAUGCCGUGUUUGAAGUGGGCUACAAGAAAUGGGGGUCCGAAGAGGGAGACCCUGCGUCUGUUGCCAAUAGUCUCCGUUUCCUUGGUUACCUCGGGAUAAACACUCUCGCCUGGCUCUGGCACGGAUUCCUCAUACUCCAUUACUCCGGAGUGGAGCCAUUUGAAUGGCAUCCCUAUGCGUUGGGACGAUCUUAGUGAUUCCGGCUGCUGUUCUGGUGGACUGGUUAUUACAGGGUUCAUCCUUCAAUUAGCAGCCGCUUUUGGAGUCGUCUUGAUCAUCAUAGGGUUCAUUGGGUUCGUCGCCUCGGAGAUUGUCGCCUUGAAAACCAAGGGAAAGGAGGGAGAGAGGGUGAGAAGUGAUGGACGCCACUUACAGUCCGCGGCAUGCCCCUACAAGGAGGGAGAGGGUUGGAUGGUGGCGGAGGGGGAGGAGGGGGCCGAGAGCAGGGAGGAGGGACACAGGCUGUUGUAGCAUGUAGGCAAGAAUAAGCCAUCGACACAACAGAUGAGAACGACUACUGUAACCCUCGCUGCGCAUGCACGCGAGGGUUAAUAAAGACCCACCUAUAAGGCUCUCCAUAGUGUCUGCAGGAGUU